AAUUAAUUAAAAGUGGUAAUCCCAUUUUUCUAUUACUAGCUCAGCUUUCAUAUUAGUCAAGUCAAACCCUUCUCUCUCUAACUUCUCUCCAUCUCCACGGCAAAAGCAGCUCCCGUUGGAUUUGUUCUCUCUGUUCUUGCCGAGAAUUUGGAGAAAAAAAAAUGCACGAUUUCUGCUUCACCAUCCCUUAUGGAUUGAUCGUUAUGAUUGGAGGAGUUGUUGGGUAUCUCAAGAAGGGGAGCGUAGCUUCUUUGGGUGGAGGUGUGGGCAGUGGAUUUCUGCUCAUUCUCGCUGGCUAUCUUAGUCUCAAAGCCUUCGAGAAGAGGAAGAACUCGUAUUUUGCUUUGAUUCUUGAGACGGUUUCUUCAGCUGCACUAACAUGGGUGAUGGGACAGCGCUACUUGCAGACUUCUAAGAUUAUGCCGGCUGGUGUUGUUGCCGGUAUUAGUGCUCUCAUGACUGCAUUUUAUUUGUUCAAAAUUGCAACUGGUGGCAACCAUAUUCCUGCCAAGGCCGAAUGAUAGAUUCUGUCAAAGACUUCAAUUCACUACCCAUAACUGGAUAUAUUUGAUUUGCACUUACCCGGGUAUAUACUGUCAAACAAGUUGUGAGUUACAACAAACAAUAUCUUUUGUAUAUGGAUUUGAAGGACCCUAAUUUCAAAUUACAUUUUCGGACACUUACUGUACUCUUCAUUUGAAUCUAUUAGAAGUUUGUGCUUUUCGUGGAUGAAAAUAAUUGUAUGAUCUUCAAGGAACCAAAGUUUGAUUAUGUGAACAUGAAUUUUUACCUACUUUCAGAUGACAUGAGUUGAAGUCUACCUUUAGUCAUA